AUGAUUACAGCUUGGGCAAGACUCCCUGGAAGUGACAUGGCAACAGGCACCUGUGAGGUAUUGGAGAGAGACCUGGAGUGUCCUGAGACCAUAGAAGAGCUGCCAGUGCUGGCAGAGAGAAUUCCAAGGCUCUCGAGGGAGGACGUGAGAAAAGAUGCUGAAGUGCUACAAAGCGAAGAGGAGGUAAACAGUAGCUCACUUGGGAUAGAGAAGGAGGAGAGGAACACGCUGCACGUCAUCGAGAAGGAUCUAGAUGAGUUUGUGGAAAGCAUAACGGACACACCAGUCGUCACGGAGAAGACCGUGACGAGGGUAGAAAGGGUGGAGGAGACAGCCAGCUCUGCUUCGCCACAAGUUCCCAAGACCCUUCCAUUGAAAAGGAAGGCUGAGCCCUGCACCAUCGGCCCCAUGAAGGAGGAGGUCCCCUGGGAGGGGCUUACCCUCAACAAGUGCAUUCUCAUCGCCUCCUUUGUCGCUCUGCUAAGCAUGGGCUUCCAGGUCUUCCAAGAUGUCAUCGAUGUAGACGAGGUUCCUGAAGCAGAGCCCAGACUGUGGGCCCAGCCUGCGUGCAGCCUUCCCAAGGAUGGUGCCAGCGAGAGGGGAGAGCUGUGGUUUUUCAAGAGCUGGUUGAGCUGGUUGGAGCUGGAAGAAGCAGAAGAUCCUGAAGCCAAGGUGGAAGGAAUGCAGCAGGACUCCCCGGGCAGGGCAGAGCCGAGAAGGGGCCAGAAGCCGAGCGCGCUGGAGAAGGAGGUAGAGAAGCCCAGAGAGAGUGUGGUGGCUCAGCUGGAGAGAGGCGUCAAGAAGGAGAUGAAGCCCAAGGACAGGCCCCCAGAGGGCCAGGCCAGCAAAAUGCACAGGGCGCCCCCAGCAGGCUCGGAGGAGGAGGAGGAGGAGGGGCAGCAGCGCAGCAGCAAGAGAGCCCGUGGGGAGGGGAAGGAGGGCAAGCGGAGGGAGGGGAAGGAGCGGGGGGAGCGGCCCAGGCGGGACGAGGGGAAGGGCCGCCACCCCAAGCCCGACUCACCACCCCAAGGGCCAGGCCGCAAGGAGCACCGGCAUGACGAAAGCGGGAAGCGGGACUCUAAGCAGCACAAGGGCCGGAAGCCGUGGGAGCAGCACAAGUUCAAGGAAAGCAAGAGACAUGACUGA